AAAAGAAAAGAAAAUCCCCAUCUUCUUUUUGUUAAACCCAUCUCUCGGCUUCUUUUCCUGGAGAGCAGCCGGAUUUCCUCCACCACCACCACCAGCCCCCCCCCCCCCCCCCCCCCCAAAAAAAAAGCAUCCUCUUUUCCGAUCAUUCAUCAAUCAUAUUCAAUUCCUCUUCACUGAAAUCGUGGUUGCGGGAGCAAAUCACACUAAACAGGGUUAGCCCGGCAAAGUCCGGCGCCGGUUGCAUAAAACGGUAGCGUUACCUCCCUCCGACCAACCCAAGAAAUUCAAGGGAAAAUAAAAAGGAAAAUUAAAAUCUUGCAAGUUGUAUUCACAUUUCUAAAGGUUUGUGAUAGGAACCUUCUGAAGUGUUGAGAAGAUAAUGCAUCCCCCGCUAACAUUACACAGGCACCCAAUGUGUGCAGAAAUUAUUGAACAGUUCCAGAAGUGUCACUCAGAUCAUCCAAUUGGGAAAUUUUUUGGUAAAUGCACAGAACUCAAAGUAAAGCUUGAUCGCUGUUUCAGGCAAGAAAAAGCUUUGAAACGAAAGGCAAAUUUUGAAGAGAGCAAGAAGUUGAAGGAGAGGCUCCAAGCGCACAGGAAAGAACUUGCUGAGAGAAGCCAAGAAGACAAGCUUCAUGCAAGCUGAAAAGAGUUAAUGGGUCACUGAAGGCUUGAUCGAAUUCUGCCCUUGCUACUGUGGGAUAGAUGCAUGGAAUUGCACUUGGCUGGAUACUUAAAUGUACACAAAAAUAAAAUAAAAUAAAAUAAAAAUAAGAAAGAAUUACAUUGAUGUGAUGAAGGCAUUCUUGAACUUGUAUGUAUCAGGAGUUCUUGGGAUCCAUGUCAGGUAGAAAUAUUCAGGAGGUUCAAUGUUAGUAGAUGAAGAACUGAUUGUGAUGUGGGGACAAAUAAAAUGAAAUGUCUUAUUUUUGCCU